GCUCUCUGCAAUACACAAUAUAGAGUGUACAAAUUCAGUAUUUUCUAUGAUAUGGACACCCUGUGCUCAUCUGCAUGCUGUCUUGCUCUCUGCAAUACACAAUAUAGAGUGUACAAAUUCAGUAUUUUCUAUGAUAUGGACACCCUGUGCUCAUCUGCAUGCUGUCUUGCUCUCUGCAAUACACAAUAUAGAGUGUACAAAUUCAGUAUUUUCAAUGAUAUGGACACCCUGUGCUCAUCUGCAUGCUGUCUUGCUCUCUGCAAUACACAAUAUAGAGUGUACAAAUUCAGUAUUUUCUAUGAUAUGGACACCCUGUGCUCAUCUGCAUGCUGUCUUGCUCUCUGCAAUACACAAUAUAGAGUGUACAAAUUCAGUAUUUUCUAUGAUAUGGACACCCUGUGCUCAUCUGCAUGCUGUCUUGCUCUCUGCAAUACAGAGUGUACAAAUUCAGUAUUUUCAAUGAUAUGGACACCCUGUGCUCAUCUGCAUGCUGUCUUGCUCUCUGCAAUACACAAUAUAGAAUGUAUAAAUUCAGUAUUUUCUAUGAUAUGGACACCCUGUGCUCAUCUGCAUGCUGUCUUGCUCUCUGUAAUACACAAUACAGAGUGUACAAAUUCAGUAUUUUCAAUGAUAUGGACACCCUUUGCUCAUCUGCAUGCUGUCUUGCUCUCUGCAAUACACAAUAUAGAAUGUACAAAUUCAGUAUUUUCUAUAAUAUGGACACCCUGUGCUCAUCUGCAUGCUGUCUUGCUCUCUGGAAUACACACAACAGAAUGUUCUAUUCAGUAUUUUCUACGAUAUGGACACCCUGAGCCCCUUGGCUGAUUUAGUACACUAGUAACACUACUCUCUGACUGGUUAUUUCAUAAUUUCAUUUGUCUGGUGCUCAGGCAAUCAGAGUCUUUCUCUAAUGAUUGAAUAAUGUAUCAAAUUAUGUACCCAUUUUAAGUCAAUUGACAGUAUAUUGCCAUGUAUAUGUAUUUUAAUAUUUCUAUUUUGAUUAUAUUAAAGCAUUUACAAAACUAUAUGCAAAAGUACUAAUGUUUCCAAUAAAUAGGCACAUGCACACUAACUUACCCCUGACCUUUAGGUUGGAUUUCCUCAAUAGGGAAUAUAUAUGUGACUAGAUCAUUAAUAUGAGCGCAACUUAACAGUCCUAUCUGUUCACGCAUUUCAUGGAACCGUUCUGUAUAUUUUUCAACAUGAUUUUCAGUUUGUCUCAUGUAUUUAGUAAUUCGUUGAAUCUUUUCUUUGUAUUUUCUUGUUUUGGCACUUCGGAUUUGAUUUUGCUCUUCUAGUUCUUUCAACCUGGCUUUUCCU